UUCUUAAAAUUUAUUUAAUUUUUAAUUUAGAUCCUGAAUGGGACGCUAAAGUUGAACGUAAAGGAGGUUUUAAAAAGAUGAAGAAUGGAAAACAUGUAGUAGAAGAAGAAGAAGAUGAUGAGGAAGAGAAGAAGGAAGAUAAUAAGAUGCAGGGACCACACAAGGAGACUAGAAAGGAGAAGAAGGAGAAGAAGAAGGUUGAAGACCUGGAGAAGAGAAAGGAAGAGAAGAAAGGAAAGAUCAGUGCUGCCCCUGCGGAUAGUGAGAGUGAGGAUGAUGAUAUGGAUGAUAUGGAACAGGAAUAUAUGAGGAAGGUUGCGGAGGAGGAGGAGGAGAUAGAGAGGAAGGAGAAGGAGAACAUGAAAAGGUAUUACAUACACAAUACACAUCAUACUUACCUGGGAAACAGAUUGUUAGAAAUAUGUAAUUAUAAGUAAUAUAAAAGGUUCUUA